CGUCUUCUCCAUCUUAGAACACUACUAUAAAUCAUACUUUGGUCUUGUCUCCCUUUCUCUCUCCUACCUCCUUCUCUCUCUAUCACGGUCAGAUAGAUCUGAACCUUUUUUCUGCUAACUCUCGUGCGACUCUUCCUUCACUUCAGAUUACCACUUUAGGGAAAAAGAAUGGGUGUAGAAGUUGCAGGAUCUGAAUUGCCCAAGGAGAACGGGGGUGAUGUGAAGACUAAACUGUUUGGCUUGGAAAAUGGGAAAAUCGAUUUUUCAGAGGUCAUCACAUUCGGCUCGCACGGUGUGGAUGAAGUACAGUCUACGGGAGAGGCGAAUGAGGCCUCAAAUGCUAGCUUUCCUAAGGACGCAGUUGAUGAAUGGCCUCAAGUGCAAACCCAUUAUUUUCAUUUUGUCAGGCGUCAUCGAUCUCUUGAGGACCCGAGCUUGAACGCUAAAAUAGAGGAGGCUAGGAAAGACAUUCAGAAAAAAAGCGAAAAAAUCAAUCAGUUAUAUGAAGAUUUGAGGGUUAAAAACUCAGAGAAAUCUGAGCUAUACGAUGAGUUGAAUGCUAUUAAAGGUGAAAAAGAGCAAAACUGGGCGUUUAUAAAUGAAAAAAGAUCGCAAAUGAAGCCCUUGCAGGAAGCUUUGGGCUCCUUACGUGGUGGUGGUGGUGGAGAGAAGGGAUUUCGCAUAUGUUCGACUGAGGAGGAGCUUAAUCAGCUUAUAAAAAGUGUUGAGUAUCGGAUGCAACAUGAAACUAUGUCAUUGAAGGAGGAGAAACAACUUGUUAAGGAAAUCAAAGAAUUGGAGGCAACAAGACCGAAGGUUAUUGCUGAAAUGGCUAGGAGGGCAGAGAUUCAAGAAUCCAUGGGGCAAAAAGAUGUCCUCCAGGAUCAGGUCAAGCUUUUAGGUACUAAUCUGGACGGAGUACGAAAGCAGCAGGCAGACAUAAAAGCAAAAACAAAUCGUUUGGGUCCGCAACUGGAUGCGGUAAAGAAGCAGGUUGACACCAUAUUGAAGGAGUUGGCAAAGGCUAAGGAACAAAAGGAUAAAGCACUUGAGAAUUCAAGGAACCUAUGGAGUUUACGGGAGGAAGGGAGUAAAGAUUUCAAUCAAAGCCGGAACAUUCUAAGACAGGCAGAAAAUCUUGCUGUGACGAAGGAUGUAAAGGCCCUUAAGGAACUCAAUAAUGCCGAGGUUGAGAAAUUUAUGGCCCAAUGGAACAGCAACAAGGCUUUUAGGGAUGAUUACGAGAAGAAAAUUUUGACCUCACUGGACAAGCGACAGCUGAGUAGAGAUGGAAGAAUGAGGAAUUUUGAUGAGAAGCCACUGGUGGCGAGGGCAGAGCCACCAAGACCUUCUGAGACAGAUGUGGCUUCUAAAGCUACGUCAAAGAAAGAAGUUGCAAAAACCACUUCAAAAGCAGAGAACUUGCCUGCAGAAAAGGCUCAGAAAGAAUUAAAUAAGGGAAGCAAGGACUCAAAAACUACUUCAGAACGAGAACUGGAACUGGAACUGGAAGAAGAUGUCUUUGUGGUUGAUAAACCAAAAAAGACCACUGAAAUCAGUGCAGAGAAACUCAAGGAAAUGAAGAAGGAAGAGGAAAAGGAAAAACAAAGACAAGCCUUGGAGAGAAAGAAGAAGAUGCAAGAGAAAGCUGCUGCUAAAGCAGCUCUGCGGAUCCAGAAGGAAGCUGAAAAGAAGAUUAAGGAGCGUGAAAGAAAACUGAAGAAGAAAGAAGCAUCAACUGUACAAGCGACCAACGAAGAAGAGCCAACUGAAAAUCCUGAUGAAAAUGCUGAUAAUUCUGAUGAAGUGGAAGAGGUCGUUGAAACUCCAGUCCCAUCAAAAGCUAAGGUUCAGCAGGAGAAUGCUCUCAGGCACCGUAGACCUAUAAAAACUCGAGGUACUCUCCCAAAAGCAAUACUUAAAAAGAAGAAAUCAGAUAAGUAUUGGCUUUGGGGUUCUGCUGCUGCUGCUGCUGUUGUGGUUGUUCUGUUGCUUUUCGUUCUUGGUUAUAAGUACCUUUUCUGAAUCAAAGUUUAGUCCUCUGGAGAAGAUCAAAGAUCAAGAAUCAGACUAAUAUGGAUGCCCCGAUGUAUGUUGUUUAAGCUGGGGUAAUGUAGUAGUAGUAGUAGAAAAUGUUCAUUUUAUGUUUUUUACAUUCCAAUUUGGGGAUGGACUAUCAAUCCAUAAGGAUCUGUAGCUCAGGCAGGCAGUUCAUAGUUGUUUAUUACGGGGACGAGACUAGUUAUACUGUUUUAGUUUUUUUUUUUUGUCUGUACUAAAGUUUUGAUUUUGUUCUUUCCUUUGUUUUUUGAACUUUCGUCAUUUUUUUUCUCUUUCGAACUCUGAGACUUUGGACCCUUAUUAAUACAUUCGCAGUUAGACAA